UCUCCCCCGGCUUCAGCUAAUCCUCACUCAACCCACUUGCUUACCCCAUCCCUAACACAAACAAGCAACCAUGGCCCAAAACUUUGAUGAAGCUGCUCAGCGUGAGCUCUCCAAGUUCCUCGAGGCCGAGCAGGCCAAGGCCCGUCUCCAGCAGUCCAUUCACACCUUCUGCGAUCUUGCCUUUGACAAGUGUGUCACCAAGAUUGGCAACAAGUUGGACCGUUCAGAGGAGGCCUGCCUGGCUAACACUGUCGAUCGCUUCCUCGACACCAGCUUGUUCAUUGUGAGACGUCUGGAGGAGACCAAGGGCUCCAUGUAAAGGAGUGGAAGAUACAAGCAUCAUUCUUCAACUCGACCCAGCGUCAUUGCGACGCUACACUUGAUUUUUAGACGUGCACGCUCUGUUUUUUAACAUUCCUCACUUCUUAUCCAUCGAGCCUCCUUUUAUUGUAAUAAAGCCUGGGAGGUUUUUUUUGCUGCCGUA